UAUAGAAAAUCUCUCUCUUUGUUAGGGAAGCGAGGACCUUGCAAUCAAAACUCUCCCCUCUUCAGCCAGAGGAUCUUUCAGAGGAUCAGAAAACCCUAGACGCUAAAGUUUUCCAUUCAAAUCUCUCAGAUAUGGGUUCUCUAUGUGACAAGUUGCCCGAUGAGUUAUUAGAAGAAAUCCUAGUGGAGUUGCCUGAACCUUCCAUCCUUAAUUUCAAGAGGGUUUCCAAAUCUUGGUAUAACCUCUUUUCCUCUCAUUGCUUUCUAUACCUCCACUCUCUCACUCCUCAUUCUGCCUCCCAACCUUUUGUACUCUUCCAUCCAUUCUUCCACAAAAAGUCUCCUAUUUUCACUAUUUCCUUGAAACACCACGAACACAUCAUGCAAUUAUCUGAACUACCCCAUAGCUCUUCGUGGAUGCCAAGAAAAAUAAAAUGCAGCAAUGGCAUACUUUGCAUAUUAAUAAACAAAGAUGCCUUCUGCAUUGUCAACCCUGCAACCGGCCAAUCCACUCGCCUUCCACAUAUUCAUGGGCCGCCUAUAGUGCAUUUUGGAUUCUAUUUCGACCCCCAAAAUUGCAAAUUCAAGGUAUUGGCAGUACUUUUUAUCGAAAUUCACGUGGUCUUCGACUCAACAAUUGGGAAAUGGGUAGAGCCAAGCGAAGCUCUAAUCUUCAGCUUGCGGGAAAUCAAAUCCAUCGGACACACAUGUUACAUAUAUGACCGCGUCAACACCCUAGAUCUGAUUGCUUUCGACAUGGUGAAAGAGGAGUUACAUAUCAUACCAGCACCACCACAAACAGAGUGUAAUGAUCAUGUUGGGGUGAUGGAAUGGGAUGGUUGUAUUUCAAUGGCAGUUGCCAGCCAUAAUUUGGAACUAAGGUUGUGGGCUUUAAGAAAAGGAAAGACAUGGGAGAAGGUGGUGGAUGCAAAUUUGGGGGAAUGGGGGCUCAAAAGUAGAUAUGAGUAUGGUUAUAUAUAUCCAAAGGUUGUGGUUGGGAAUGAUAUAUUGAUAGUUUAUGGUAAUAAAAUAGUAAGUUACGGGAUUGAGAGUGGAAGGCUGAAUGUCUUGUUACCACGUGAGGAGGGAUUAUGUCACGGUGAUUAUCUAUCCUACAAACCCACUUUAUUAUCUUUCGACUAUGAUGAUGGUAAGAAAGUAAAAGGUGGUAAAAAGAAGAGUAGCCUUGCUCAAUCAUGUCCAAAGUGCAAAGAGAAGAAGGCAUCUUUCAUCACUUGACGCACCAUAGUUUUCAACAUGGUUUGGUGGUUCUUGUGGUUAGACACAUAUAUUAUGGUUGUCUGAGUUGGGCUUGAUUAGACUUAUCAGCUAAUGAUUGUUUGAGUUGUGCAAGGGACUGCACACUUUUGAGUUGGUUGCUUUUUUAUGUUCUAUUUGAGUUGA